GAGCAUAACUGUUUAUAAUGGUUAUAUUAGAUUAGUGUUUGUUAGAGUAUAUUGUUAAUUAAUUGGUAAGAACGAUGGCUUCCUUAGUUGCGGAUUAUGGAACUUCCUCGAGUUCAGAAAGUAGUGGUGAUGAUAUUUCGGAUGGUAUCGAUAACAUUUUUAAGGAUGAAGAAGAAGAGGAUGAUGAAGAGGACGAAAAUAAUGAAAACAAUGAAAUAUGUAAAACAGCUUCCAAAGAAAAACUUCCAUUACCCACUCCAGAUUUUAAUGGCAUACCUACGAUGAAAACUUCAGUCUUCUCAAAUCCAUUUGUUGAAGCAGAAAAAGCAAAGAGUGCAAUUCUUGAGAAACAUGUGAAAAUGACUCCAACUCUUGAUGAUACAAAAAUGAUAAAUGGUAGAAAGAUUUGUUGGAAUUAUAGAAAAGGUAGAUGCAGGUUUGGUCAUAAUUGUACCUUUGCACAUGACUCUGAUUUACAUCGUACAGCAGCUGAAUUAGAAGCAAUUAGAACACCACAGGAAACAGUUAUUUGUCAAACCCAAUAUAAUGGUCAGGUUUCCAUUAAUGAUGAUGAUGAAAUAGAUCAAGAAAAUAAUCAAAUGAAUAGACGCAAGAAAAGGCCAGGAUUAAGUCAGUCUUUAAUACCUAGCAAGAAAGUCUUAAAAAUGUACAAAGCACAACAAACUAAAGCUAUUAGUAGGUAAAUGUAAUUGUGUCAAGUAUACAAAUAAUGUUAACAUAUAGCUAGUUACUCUGAAAUGGAAAUAAUUUGAUUUACAUGCUUUAUAACUCAAAUGAAUUCGUACAAGUGGAAUCGAUUGGAGCAGUGCAUAAAAAUGAUAAUCAAAAAGCAUAAAAUGCUUUGUAAACAAAAAAGCAGUAAAAGUGAUCAAUAAUUUCUAUAACAUAUUAUCAACAAGAAAUUAAGGAAGAAAAAAGAAAAAAAGAGAAAGAAACAGAUGAAACAAAUACAUGCUUCCAAUAAAGUUUUGCAAAAAGUAUGACACAUGCAGGUUAUGCCUAUUUCAAAAUGAAUUGAAAGUUACAUGAUUAUUUAAAUACUACUCAAUAUUUAUAAAAAAGAAAAAAAACUGUUUGUUAUGUAUAUAAAGAAUAGAGUUUAAUUGUAUAAUUAAUACUU